AGUGAGUUGUGCAUCUGUAGAGGUAGUGGGCGGGACUGUUUAGAGAUUAGAGAAUUUCAGCCAAUCAGAAGAGCUAUGGGUCGUUGCAUGGCGCCCGAAGUAAUGAGAAGGGGGAAAAACGAACUGCCAUCUUCGUGAUCUGCCAGUGUCAAACAGCAAUAAACGUAAGUUCCUUCUUAUUAUAUUUUUCUUCUCUAAAAUCACGCACCUUUAUUCAUUUGUCUAUAUUUUAAAUAAACGCGCUGAUCGGCUACGUUGAUGCAGUGUUUCUGAGUUCGGUUAGGCUUUCUUUUUUCAUGAAAGGUAACGUUAACUGUUAAGCUAGAUGUCCAGUCCUGCACUGUUAACUUUGCUAACCUUCUCAUAUUAGUUGAUACUUUCAUUAUAUUUCAUUAUGUACUUAUACAUAUUUCAUUAUGUAAUCCUUAUAUUCUCUUCUGUUACCUUCUAGAAAAAUGAAAGAACAGCGUGGUUCUUCGCAGAACACAAACAUUGAGUCAGCAGUCCGUGUGCUUCUAAACUGCAUAAGAAGUGAAAGGGAAGAAACUCACACACCUCAAAACACCACUGCUCAGCCUACUGCUACUGGGCCUUCCAGCAGCAGACCUGUAAGACCAGCCACAGUGCAGCAGGAGAUGCAAAGAUGUUUCCCCUCAAUGUAUUCUGGAGGCCUGAAAAGAAAAAGGAAGUCAGCUGAUACUCCACGUGUAUCAGUGACAAAGUUUAUGGAACUGCAGUUCUGCCUGCAAUCUGAAAACACAGACAAAACCCCAAAGGAUGAGGCAGUGCUCUUACAGGCAGGUCUUGGAAGGAGGAACAUAAACAUGGCUGAUAAUGCGGAUCAUACAGAGAUAAGUCGAGUACUGCUGGAAGAAUUUCCCAAAAUGAGAGAUUUGCGUGGUGGUUGGCUGCUUACAAAAGCUUCUGGGGGCAGUGGGCGAAGAAAGACUACUCCAUUGCCCCAGGAAACUGAAGGGUACACUGCAAAAGUUCUGAAGUCCUCAUCAAACAAUGGGAAAAAUGUAAUAUAUAUUGUACCUCUUCAAGAAAAAAUAGAUACUACCCCACUGCCAUAUGAUGCUGAAGAGUUUGAAAGAAUGCCAAAAAACACAUGCAUGACUUGUGGCAAACUGAUUCCUCUGCCCCUGAUCCAGUUCCACAUUGAGUCCUGUGGAGAUGAAAAACAUGACACUGAAGAAGAAACAGAACAGACAGCUGAACAGGAUUCAGAUCUUAUUUGUGUGGACUCCUGUCCAAUUUGUGGAAAGCAGUUUCCUGCAGAGAUUGUUGCCUCCCAUGCAAGUUCAUGUGGGGAAAGUUUUGCAGAGAUUUUCCCUACAUCCACACUGCCUGACUCUGAAAUUGUGCAAGUGGUCUCUGAAAGCAGCGCUGGUGCCUCUUUCUCUGUCAGCUCAACACUUCACACGAGACCUAGUACAUCAUUUACACUUCCACCAGAGGAUAUGCCAUUAGGGUCCAGACCUGCAGAAAUUGAUGAUUUUGGUUAG